CUGGCACCGUCUAGAUAGUACAGGCAUACAUGGUGCAUGGACGCGACGAGUAUCCAAACCUACACGCCGAGCUUCGGCUACGCAAUGCCCCUUCGCCCCAUUUGACCACGUGUACGCGCAAGGAUAGCACGGACACCCGCCGCGUCCCUCGACGACUCCGCCGCUCGGCCAGCGCCAUGCGUUUGUCUUCCAACAACAUCAACCCUUGUCUUGUUUCGUGGGUCGCCAAGGCGAACAGUUCUUUGGCUCAUGGUGAAGGUCCCGACAAUGACGACGAUAACGGGAGUAGCGUCGACGACGAAGAAGAAGCAGGCAACACCUUCGCAAUGGACGAGUUGCCGCAAGAUGACGACGUCAUCGUGACUCCACGUCAUCAUGCUGAACCCUUCCAUGUAAUUCCAGCAUCUCAAGUCAAUCUGCCAUCAAAGACGCGAUUGCGAGAGAAAGGUGGAAGCAUGGGGGCCCAGGCUCGGACAAUGACAUUGCAGUCGUCAGGUGGUCGACUACUAGGGCAAAGCCAGUCGAUGCCGACGUUCGUUGCCAGUAGUAGUAGCAGCAGCCACAUACACUCAAACAGCAUCCUCUCCGCUGCCUCGGCUCCUAUCGUCAUCUUGGGUCACGGACGCCCGCGAGUGCGCUACGCCCGUCGAAGCAGCGGGGGCGGGCCUCCCCCAUUGCGAACGCUUCCGAUGCCAGCCUUCAUCCCAUCCAGCGUCACCAUUCCGCCUCUGAUUGAGCGUGGCGAUGAUGGAGGGUUCUUCCUCACCGAAAUGGAGCUGCAUAGCGCGUACCUUCCUGCAGCCAAAGGACUCGCGCUGGGAGCGUACCAACUCUACGGCCAAGGCGACGUCCAAUCAGCGCUCGUCACAUUUCGCAGUGUGUUGCGAGUGGCCGAUGACGUCGACGACGUUUUGUUAAAAGCGUUGGUGUACCACCAUAUGGGCACGGCCGAAAAAGAUGCCGGCGAUUUGACCGCGUCCCUUGCAAGCCACACAAAAUGCAUUCACUUGGCGCAGUCGGUCAACCAUGUCAAGCUCCAAGGCCGAGGGUUCAAAGGUAGUAGUAGGUUGUAUCCAAGUUGCUGUGUUGAACCAACGAACGGUUGGGGUACCAGGGCUCGGCGUGGUGCACGUGGCAUCUCACCAAUACACGUUGGCGUACGACUACCACGUCAAGUGCAUGACGAUCGCCACCGCAGAACACGACCAUGAGUUGGCCUCUCGCACGUAUGCGAAUCUGGGCAACGUGUUUGCUGCAAAACGACAAUUUGCCGAUGCGAUUGCCAGUCACUCAAACGACCUGAGCUUGAGCACGCAGGUGGACUCGUACGUUGGCAUGGCGCGUGCCCAUCGCAACCUCGCGAUCGUGUACGCCAAGAUGAACGACGUUGCCCAGCAACGACACCAUGACGCCCAAGUUGCUGCCAAGGGCGAUACGCCGUUCGUACACGACAUGACUCACCAUGCCCAUGACGUGGUGGGGAACCUGUACUGCCAAGUUGAGAUGGGGACUACUGCCAUGGCCAAAGCCACCGGCCAGUGCGUGCUGGACCUGCUCCGAAAUCUCCCCUGAACAGGGUGAAAUCCAACCUGUUAGCUUGAACAGUGCGGUCAACGGUCAUUUAACGAAUGAAUCGAAUGCAGUGGAAAAAUCUAGAGAGGUACUACCUGGC